AGCAGUAUUCACGAGUGGGCGAAAGAGCGUUUCUUUCAUGGCAGGAGUGACCUCCAGGCAGGACGAAUUGGUGUGUCUGCGACUAGAGCACCAAACUGGAGAACUUACAACCAGAUUGGCAGACGACGUGGAGAGAAUUCGAGAGGGCAUUGGCGACAAGUUUUCGCUCUUCAUCCAGUUCCUCUGCGCCUUCAUCUCUGGCUUCACAAUUGGUUUCGUCAAGUCGUGGCAGAUGACGCUCGUCAUGAUGGCUCUCACACCACUGCUUGCCGUCUGCGCAAGUGCCAUCUCAAUCAUGAUCUCCAAGUUCUCAACGAAGGAGCAGAAAAGAUAUGCAGUGGCUGGUAGUAUAGCUGAGGAGGUGUUCUCGUGCGUACGAACAGUGAUUGCCUUCAACGGCCAAACCACCAGGACAGACCAGGAGAUAGGAAGGUACGAUGGUGCGUUGACCGAGGGCAAGCAACUGGGCAUCAGGAAGAGCUACCUGUCUGGAGCAGCCAUGCUUAUCACAAUGGUCGUCAUUUUCAGCAGCUACGCCCUCGCCUUCUGGUAUGGUUCCAAGAUGAUCGUGUCUGGGAAAAUUUCACCAGGAGAUGUGUUCACGGUGUUCUUUGCUGUGAUGGUCGGUUCGUUUUCACUUGGUAAUGCGGCCCCUCACAUGAGUACAGUAGCCACAGCAAAAGGAGCAGCAGCAACUAUCUACAAUAUCAUAGACAGAGAACCAGAGAUCGAUGCUUAUUCCAUCCGAGGGAAAUUGCCUCGAAACGUCGCAGGCCUCAUCGAGUUUAGAAAUGUCAAUUUCAGCUAUCCCACGAGACCCGAAGUUGUGGUGCUCCAAAACUUUUCGAUGACGGUUGAGCCUGGAAAGACAGUGGCACUAGUUGGAUCCAGUGGAUCAGGAAAGUCGACGGUUGUAAAUCUGUUGCUGAGGUUCUAUGACCCCUGCAAUGGAGAGAUCCACUUGGACGGUGAGGUGAUCACGGACUUGAACCUUCUGUGGCUGCGCAACCAGAUCGGGGUUGUCAGUCAAGAGCCGGUCCUGUUUGGUUGCUCCAUCGCGCAAAACAUCCGAUAUGGCCGGGAAGACAUUACUGAGGCAGAGAUGAUUGAGGCUACAAGGCAGGCCAAUGCACACAACUUCAUCAGGCACCUUCCACAGGGCUACGAAACGCUGGUUGGCGAUCGAGGAGCGCAGCUGAGCGGCGGGCAGAAGCAGCGAAUUGCGAUCGCUCGAGCGCUUGUGAGAAACCCGCGCAUCCUGCUACUGGAUGAAGCCACAUCGGCACUGGAUGCCACCAGCGAACGCAUUGUCCAGGAUGCUCUAGACAAGGCUCGUGAAGGCCGGACCACGAUCGUCGUUGCUCACCGGCUGUCGACGAUCAGGAACGCAGACCGUAUCAUGGCGAUGAAAGAAGGAGCUGUGGUCGAGCAGGGCACGCACGAUGAACUCAUGGAUAUGAAGAGUGUCUACUACGAACUAGUCACGCUCCAGACCGUAGAGGGAAUGGAGGAGAACGCAGCGGAUGCUGAACUCGAGCGUAAGGGUCGAAGUUUGAGUAUUUCGUCCUCUCUAACGUAUUCGAAACAAAAAUCACUAAAGGAAAUAGAGCUAGAUGACAUAGAAGAGGCAAAGACGCUCGUUCAGCCGACCUGGACGCAGAUGAUGAAAGCGAAUUCCCCCGAGUGGCCAUACAUUAUUUGUGGCUGCUGUUCUUCUGCUGUUGUUGGUGUUGCCAUGCCAUUGUUUGCUGUUUUUUACAGUGAAAUAUUCAAGGUUUAUGGGAUUAAGGAUGAUGAUGAUGAGUUGCUGAAGGAGGCGCGUUUCUGGAGCCUCAUGUUCUUGGUGCUGGGUGUGGCGCAGGGAUCGUGCUACUUCUUCUCUAGUGUGUUCUUUGGGACAUCUGGGGAGCAGCUUACAAUGCGGCUCAGGAUGCAGUCGUUCACCAAUGUCCUGCGUCAAGACAUGGGAUGGUUUGAUGAUCCAAAGCACUCCACAGGCAAGCUGACUACGCGGCUGGCCACUGAUGCACCUAUGAUCAAAGGGGCCACUGGAAUCCGUCUGGCCACUGCUCUGCAGGCAGUUAUAACUAUGGUUGCUGGCGUUACUAUAGCGUUUGCGUUCGGAUGGAAGCUAGCACUAGUAAUCAUGGGGACAAUACCUAUCCUGGCAGUAGCUGGUGUGCUUCAGAUGAAAGCUGUCAUGGGUAACCAGAAAAGAGACUCUAAACUACUGGAGGAAGCAGGAAAUACUGCAACUGAAGCUGUAGAACACAUCCGAACAGUACAAUGUCUGACUAGAGAGAGAACAUUCUACGACACGUACUGUGAUAUGUUAAAUCUUCCUUUCAAAGAAGCAAAAGUACAGGCGCAAGUUUAUGCAUUAGCUUUUGCCUUCAGUCAAUCCGUCAUAUUCCUCAUCUAUGGAUUUGCCUUUUGGUUUGGCUCAUACCUAGUGGGCAAGGAGGAAAUGUUGCCAGAGGAGGUGUAUAGGGUGUUUUUUGCCAUCGCAUUUUGUGGCAUAUCCGUUGGCCAGGCAUCCUCCUUUCUCCCUGACUACAGUAAGGCCAAGCUGGCUGCUGCUCAUGUAUUUGGUCUGAUUGCACAAGAGCCUACUAUCGACAGCUUCUCGCCAAUGGGAAUAAAACUGCCGGACGGGAAAGGCGCGGUGCAUUUUGACAAGGUGCACUUUAGCUAUCCGAGCCGCCCGGACGUGCAGGUUUUACGCGGGGUCACGCUGCACAUAGAGGCGGGUGAGACUGUGGCCCUCGUCGGUUCGUCGGGAUGCGGCAAGAGUACCAUCACGCAGCUGCUGCUACGCUUCUACGACCCACAGUAUGGCUGCGUCCUUAUUGACGGCAAGGACCUGCGAACGAUUAACAUCAACUGGCUCCGCAGCAUUAUCAGCAUUGUCAGUCAGGAGCCGGUGCUAUUCGACAACACUAUACGCAGCAACAUCAAUUAUGGCGUGGAGGAGGAGCUGCCGAUGGCUGUCAUCGAAGAAGCAGCCAAGAUCGCCAACAUACACGACUUCAUCGUCUCUCUUCCAGACCAAUACAAUACGAUGGUGGGUGAGAAGGGCACUCAGCUGUCCGGUGGCCAGAAGCAGCGGGUUGCCAUUGCUCGUGCCCUGGUGAGGAAGCCACGAAUCCUCAUUCUCGACGAGGCAACAUCCGCUCUGGACACGGAGAGUGAGAGGCCGCGAUCCAGUAAAGACUUUCUCGGCCAGUGGAUGUUACUGUAUUUUGGCUUCACUCAUUGCCCGGAUAUCUGUCCAGAUGAGAUUGAGAAGAUGUGUGAGGUGGUAGAUAAGAUAGAGGCGAUGGAGAAUAUACCAGGUGUUACACCACUUUUCAUAACAGUAGAUCCAGAUAGGGAUGAUGUGGCAACUGUGAAGCAAUAUGUUGAAGAGUUUUCUCCAAAACUACUUGGUUUGACUGGGUCAAAAGAACAGCUGCAAGAGGUGUGCCGUGCGUAUAGAGUGUAUUACAGUGCAGGACCACGAGAUGAUGACGAUGACUACAUUGUGGAUCAUACAAUCAUCAUGUAUUUCAUAAAUCCGGAUGGGGAGUUCCUCGACUACUACGGGCAGAACAAGACCGCUGAUGAGGUUGUCAGCAGUAUCAGCGUACACAUGGUGAAGCAUCAGAACUCCAAGAAGCUGCUUAGCUGGUGA